AUGUCAGGCCUUGUCAAACCUCUGCCGGCUUUAUAUGUUGUUUAUGUCUUGCGCUCAACAGUGAGGCCCGGCUCGAUAUACAUUGGAUCCACGCCAAAUCCGCCUAGGCGGUUAAAGCAGCACAAUGGCGAGGCCAAAGGCGGCGCAGUGCGCACAUCGCGCGAUACUCUUCGGCCCUGGGAGAUGAUUGUGUUGGUUUCUGGAUUCCCGAGCUCGACAGCAGCUCUCAAGUUUGAAUGGGCUCUAAAUAACCCACACCUUACUCUACACAUACCGAAAGAAGAGCGUAUCACAGUAGCGACGCAGAGAAAAAGGAAUGGGAUGCCGAGACGAAAGCCGCACAGCCUCAAGUCUGUCAUUCCCAACGUUCACCUGCUCACGAGCGUGUCAAGCUUUUCAAGGUGGCCAUUGAAUGUGCAUUUCUUUAGUCAAGAUGCCCACAAAGUCUGGAAAGACUGGAGCGAAACAAGAGAGACUGCCGUCGCCACGAGUCCCACGAUAUUGACAGACUUUGGCCCCUCUGCAGGGGAUGCGUCGACGACACCGUGGGGGAUUCACGCUCUGGCGUUGGAUUACUCUCCGAUGAAGGAAUACAUUGAAAAAGCCCAUAACGUGACAUCGUUUGAGAGGCAAGGGCAAUGCAUUCACUGCAGUAAAGAGAUGCAGCCUGAGCAAGGCUUAUACGCAAUGUGCCCCAACGACGGCUGCGAGGCAAUGGGACACAUUGACUGCUGGAGCAAGCAUGCACUGGCGGGUGAUGAACCCGGUGCCAUUAUUCCUACUAGCUGCAAGUGCCCAGCAUGCAGCGGCGAAAUACGAUGGGGAGACAUGAUGAAGGAGCUGAGCCUGCGAACGCGUGGAACAAAAGAGGUGGAGAAGCUGCUGAGGAAGAAGAAGCGGGCAAAGAAGGACUCGUGA